UUGCAGUCUGGCUACCCCAUUGUUAGCUCCUGCCUCUUGCAUGAACCCACCCAAGCAUACUAUUAUGGCCUUGACCCUAUACUCAUGCUUCUCUCUAUUACUUAUACUACUCCUGCUACUGCCAUGGGGAUGGGCCAUUGGAUUGGGAUGCUGAAAGCAGGU